AUGACAGCGUCACUCGCAGAGGGUGAAAAGCCCAAACGCACUAGAACCAAUGUAAAGCAGUCUAAAUUUGGUUGUUUCACCUGCAAAGCUCGGCGCAUCAAGUGCGAUGAAGCUAAGCCUACAUGUCAACGCUGUCAAUCUUCUAAGCGCGAAUGCAAAGGUUAUCCUCGGGGAGUAUUUCUCGACUCACCGCCAAGUACAACCUCGCUUGUACCUUUAUCGGCCUCGCCUUCGUCUUCAAUAUCGUCCUCAACUUUAUCAAACAUCAUUUUACCUUCCACGGUUCUCUCUUUUGACCCAUAUCAUCUUUCAAGUCCCUUUGUCAAUCUUGCUUGCGGUGUUCUGGUGCAGAGUCCUCGACGCGGCAGAAAUGAUGCCGAACAAUCGUUUUGGACUCGAACUGUGCCUCAACUAGUGCAUAUCGUCCCUUCGGUACGAGCUGCCGCCGAGGCGUUCGGUGCGUCUUACAAGGAAUACGUUUUACGAGUAGACGAUUCCUGUUCCGGUAUCGAGACUACAAGGCGAUAUACCCAAGCCUUGAGGUUGGUGCAACACGAUCUGGCUACUUUACAACACGGACCAGUCCCCUGUAUCAUGGCUUGUUUAUUUCUUGCAUUCGCUGAAGCGAUACAACAGAAGCUGGACGUAGGGUUAAUGCACCUUUUGGGGGCAUUCUCUGUCAUGUUAUCACGGACCGACAAGAAGCUGUUGGCCGAUGUCGAUACCCAGAGUUUAUCGCUACUGUUGCAGAAGCUUGAUCUUCAUGUCGCUACUUAUGGUGUCUGUCACCCUCCAGAAUUACCUCCUUCACCUCCACUUACAACGAAUAUUGUCGAGUCGCUCCCCCCAGACCAGGCUCUAUUUAAAAUCCUGCAUUCGUGUUACCAUUUUGACGCACAGGCAUCUACUUACAAGUACACGACUCGCCGGGCGAUUCCACCUGAGAUGCUGAUUGAGCAAGGUCGUCAACUCGCAACUCUAAGGCUAUGGUUAUCGUUCAACGAACUACCUUCGGCAUGGGACGCGACCACACACGAAUCGCUAGUAGUUCUACGCUCCCAAUGCCUCACUGCCUUGGUUCAUACAGCUACUAUCCUGGAGCCUCGCGAAACCGGGUACGACUGCUACGGGCCCGAAUUCCAGGAAAUAAUUACUACAAUAGGAACAUUGUUACUCAACAGAGGUCCAUCGACAGAUGUAUCAAGCAGUGCAUUGGGUCAACUUCCCUCUUUCAAUCCAGAGAUGUCAGUCUUUCAUCCACUGUAUUACACCGCGAAGAAAUACCGAAAUGGAUUUUGGCGCCGCAGAGCAUUGAACUUGAUCCUCCGAACCGGAAAAGAAGGGCCUUGGUGUCCUAGGACAGAAGGGUUGAUGAUUGAAGUUGUCAUCAGAAAGGAGGAGGGAGAAUUUAAUAAGGUGUCUUUGGAUCUGUCAAGGGCCGAGGAUCCAGCUCUUGAUUCUCCUUCCAACAUCCCUGAGAAGAAUAGGAUCAAUGCAUGCUGGCCCAUUGACCCCGAUGCUGAAACGAGAGAAGUCACCAAGUUUACUAAACAAAAAUUUAGCAAAGGUAUCUUGUAUAGGUGUAUGGACGUGGACCGGCUAUUGGCUUCGGAUGAAGCACAGAAGCCUCGCUCAUGGGCAUGGCUCAAAUCUGCGUGGUGGGAAGAGUGGACUGAGCCUCUUGAGGAGCCAAGCUGGAUUUCCAACUCAAAGGCAACUUUGAUAAGACGAGUGGAAACUUUAAUCCUGUUACAAUUUCUAUCAUCCUUUUCUAACAGUGAUAGUGGACAUAUCGUCUAA